CGUGAGGCGCUUGCGUGUGACGUUGUAGCGGCUUUCGUUCUGUUCUUGGUCUCGACCUCGUCGUUUCCUGACUCGUGUUUGUUUGUUGCCUGUUGCCGCUAUGGCGAAAGUGGCUGACACGAAGCUUUACGACAUUCUGGGGGUGCUACCCAUGGCCUCCGACAACGAGCUCAAGAAGGCGUAUAGAAAGCUGGCCAAGGAAUACCACCCUGAUAAGAAUCCAAAUGCAGGAGACAAAUUCAAAGAAAUAAGCUUUGCCUAUGAAGUAUUGUCAAAUCCAGAGAAACGUGAGUUAUAUGAUAGAUAUGGAGAACAGGGCCUUCGAGAAGGUAGUGGUGGAAGCAGUGGAAUGGAUGAUAUUUUCUCCCAUAUCUUUGGUGGUGGAUUGUUCAAUUUCAUGGGUGGUCAGAGUCGAAGUCAUAAUGGUAGAAGAAGAGGAGAAGAUAUGAUGCAUCCACUCAAAGUCUCUUUAGAAGAUCUGUAUAAUGGCAAGACAACUAAACUACAACUUAGCAAGAAUGUCCUUUGUAGUGCAUGUAAUGGGCAGGGAGGGAAGGCUGGAGCUGUUCAGAAAUGUAAUGCUUGCCGGGGUAGAGGUGUACGUAUCAUGAUCAGGCAGCUUGCUCCUGGAAUGGUUCAGCAGAUGCAGUCUGUAUGCUCUGACUGCAAUGGAGAAGGUGAAGUAAUUAAUGAAAAAGACCGCUGUAAAAAAUGUGAAGGGAAGAAGGUGGUCAAAGAGGUAAAAAUACUUGAAGUCCAUGUAGACAAAGGCAUGAAGCAUGGGCAAAGAAUUACAUUCAGUGGAGAAGCAGAUCAGGCUCCAGGUGUGGAACCAGGUGAUAUUGUCCUCUUACUCCAGGAAAAGGAGAAUGAGGUGUUCCAGCGGGAUGGGAAUGACUUGCAUAUGACGCACAAGAUUGGACUCGUUGAAGCACUGUGUGGAUUUCAGUUCACGUUUAAGCACCUUGAUGGACGUCAAAUUGUGGUUAAAUAUCCUCCUGGAAAAGUAAUUGAACCAGGUUGUAUUCGUGUAGUCAGAGGUGAAGGAAUGCCACAGUAUCGUAAUCCUUUUGAGAAGGGCGAUCUUUACAUUAAAUUUGAUGUUCAGUUUCCCGAAAAUAACUGGAUUAGCCCAGAAAGGCUUACGGAACUUGAAGAUCUUCUGCCAGCUAGACCAGAAUUUCCCAAUGUAAUUGGUGAUGCAGAAGAGGUAGAUCUUCAGGAAUUUGAUACUACUCGAGGUUCAGGUGGUGGCCAGAGACGUGAAGCUUAUAAUGAUAGUUCUGAUGAAGAAAGCAGCCAUCAUGGACCUGGGGUGCAGUGUGCCCAUCAGUAAAUGUUUGUCUAAAAAAGUUGCACAAGGAUUUGUCUUUCAAAUUUUGCCUGACUUGUUUUCAGCAAUCCAGCUGGAUUGUAUAAGUAAUCCAGAUGAACCAGUGGACAUCUAUUGCUGUAUGUGUAACUUUUUGAAUUGGUUUAUAGUAUCUACAGAGUGUAACUUAAACUAUAACCACAAGCUUACAUCUUCAUUUUGACUGUGUAACAGAAUAAAGCACCUGAAGAC